AUGGCUUCUCGACCGCCGCUCGCUCGCUGUCUGCGACCGCCAACGGCAAGCUUGCGACUACGAAAAAACACACCUCGGCGGCCAACAUCAUGGCUCACAAGAAAACUAGAAGAGUCUCCUGCGGCGAAAAGCGCGUUCUUGAAGAUGGCGAAUGUCAUGGGGUACGGGAGUCCCAAACAAGUUGCUGGCAGAAGGGCUUUUGCAAUGUAUGAGCAACUGUGCGUUGUUAGACCUGACGAGGACAUGGCGUUUUGGCAGGAAGAAUGCCACCUUCCACCCACAUUUCAAUCAUGGUUCACCAUUGUGAACCUGCACAUCUGGCUGCUGACUGUACGGCUGCGCGCAUUACCACCACCCCACGGGAUGAACCAUCUGCAAGCUCUUAUAGAUCACUUCUUCCUCGACGUCGAAGACAGAAUUCGCGCUGUCCUCCAACCUGCGACACCUGACACCAUCACACCCAACUCCCCACUUGGGCCGUAUACCACCCCGUCCCAGUUCUAUACUAUUGCAAAUCCACUGCCUGGCAAAAAGCGACCAAAAGGCCGUGCUCCCGAGCGGCUAGUCUCGCAACAGAUGAAGAUAUUUAGGGAGCAGUGGGCGGGCAUGGGCAUGUCAUUUGACGCGUCGCUUAUCCGGGGCGAUGCAGACAUGGCUGCUGUCGUCUGGCGCAAUAUCCUUGGCGGCCGUGGGGCACGCGGGAUUGUCUACCCUUCUAACGCCAACAUGUCGGACGAACAAAACCCCUACUUCCGCCGCUCUGUGAACCUUGUGGGCGGCGAAGUGGUCAAGGUGAAGGACAUCGAAAAGCGCGGACUUGAGGUGGAAGAGGCACGGGAUGACGGGUCGGGUGUGCACGACUAUGCGCCGAACGAGGCGGACAAGUACGUCGCGUAUCCGGAGCUCAUGGCCACGCUGGUCGCGUACGUACGCCGCGAGCUGGUGAGGUUGCAAAACAUACCCGACGAAAAGGUCAUGGGGGCGCUGGUUGCUGGGAAGGAAGGAGAGGGUGUGAAGGAUUUGAAGUUCGGGCGCGUGCAGGCAGGACUUUUCCUUGAUCGCUGAGGCCAAAAAGGUGAAAUAUUGUAUGGUAAUGCUAAUGCCUCUAGAACACCUCGGUCUUGUCCCUGCUUUCGAUGAAACUUCACGUCGUGUCUCUCAACUCCAGACGACCAUAACCACAGCCUUGUAGCUGCAGU